UUCACUCUCAAGUCAUCUGUGAAGUUCCAUGUCUAUAAACCAAAGUCAGACUUGCCAAGAUUUUGGGAGCUUCAAAUGUCUCCAGUUUAUGGGGCAACAUCACUUCUGAAUGUUUUUGGAAUAUUUUCUACUGAUAACUAUUUAUACGGAAACGAGAAGCUUCUAUUGUCUACUAUGCAGUUGUCUCUGUUUGUAGGAUUUUCUAUACUCUUGUAUUCGCUGAGAAGAUAUUUAUAGAGAAUUUUAUAGUGUUAGUGUAUAAUGAGAAUAGACUAAUAAUGUUUGAAGUUUUUUGAAAUGGAUCUGGUCCAUUUCCUUUAUUCAGAAUGUGUGUAUAAAUGUAUGUGAAUGAUAAGAUAUUUCAAAGAAAUGUGUACAAUAAUCAAUUACCUACAUCCUACAUUGAUUUCUUUCAAUACAUUACUGUACUGCAUUUAUCAUUAUUUUUGUUUAAGCCUUAAGUACUGGCGCGGGGUGCUCACAGACCCCCAGAGAGGUAAAUUUUGUGAUGGUGACUGGCCUGUGUUGGUUGCACUGCUCAGCUCCUUAAUAUCUUCAAGUUGGUUCAUUAGUCACCCUCUAAACUAGUUUUCGCCUGUUUGUAAACAUUGCACUGCGUUUUUGUAAGUGAUAAAAGUGACUGGGGUGUCACCAGACCCCCGCGCCAGUGAAUGUGUUUCUUUUUUGCGAUGUUUUUUAUUCAAAAUUAAUUAACAUUGGAAUUUGAAGUAAUACUUAUUUCAUAUUUUUUAUUACUUUUUAAAGUUCUAAAAAUGAAUCUAGAAGAUUUGAAUGAAGCCAGAGUUAAGAAGUUCCUAUUUUAAGAGUUUAGUGAUGAUGAAAACAUUCUUAGUGAGACAGCUUCAGAUGAUGAACAGGAUCAUUUUACUGCUUCUGACCAUGAUAGUCUAAUAUUUUAGUCUAAUAUGCGAUAAAAAUUAUAAUAUACUGAUAUAAGAAUAUAGGUACUAAUAAGUUAUAUUAAUUUCAUAUGUUUAUAAAUGAGUAUUUUGAUCUGCACCAAGAAUUAGCUUAUUUCUAGCCUACAUAGACGAAAUUCUAGUGACUUUAGAUGGAAAAAUAAAGCAAACUACCAUCAAAAUUCAAGAAAUAGUAUUUUUUUAGUACCGUAAGUUCCAUUGUUCCUAAGUAAGAAUCAUUAGGUAAAUGAACUUUUUCUGUCAUUUUUACCAAAAAUCACUACAUUUUUUUGAAAAUUUUACACAGUUUUGAAUAAAUACCAAAAUUAUUGAUAGUUCUGGUAUAUAUCAUUUUUAUUCAUGGUAAAACCAUUCCAAACAGUCUAGAGAUUGAGAUAACCAGCCUAGUUUGAUGAAAAAAAAUUUUCAAUUAAUUAGAGAGAAAAUUUGAUGGGGGUCUACCAGACCCCCGCGCCAGUAGUAGUGUCUCAAAAAACCGCUCCAGUACUUAA